AUGCAGCCGCAGCAGCAGGCGUCGACGACGAGCUCAGCUACUAUGUCGUCGUGGAAACUAGCUCGAUCGCUCGAGCCAAGUCCCGUCUGCCAAGGCCACAGGGUGAGGCCGUCGGGCGCCAGCGGCAACCUUACCGGCGGCGUCUGGAUGCCGCUGAGCCGUCCUUAUGGCCCGUGCUCCUCGGAGGGGGAAACUACGGCGCCGCCGUCAUCUGUGCCUGACGCGCUCCUGUGGGACCGGAACCGCGCGAGCUACAUCCAGAAAAAGGUCAUCGGCGAAACCCAGCCUUUGGCGCCGUCUCAGCCAGCCAAUACCCAACAGAUGUCUACCGACGCCUCCACAAAUAACGGACUAGGACAGUCGGCUACGCCAUCGUCGUUGUCUAGGCUUGAUCUGGCAGCCACCGGCGGGAGCGGGAGGCUGCCCGGCGUGACCCAAAGAAUGGUGAUCGACACGGCGAGUGACGUGCCGUGGGUGCAGUGUGCGCCCUGCCCGCAGCCGCAGUGCCACCCUCAGACGGACGUCCUGUACGACCCAAGAAACUCCGUUACAUCCGCCACCUUCCCCUGCACCUCCCCGACCUGCCGCCAGCUCGGCCCUUACGCCAACGGCUGCACCGGCGGCCCCAACUCCGGCCAGUGCCAAUACCGCGUUCAGUACCGCGACGGCUCAGCCUCGUCCGGCACCUACAUCUCCGACGUGCUAACCCUCACCCCUACUCCGGCCGGUGUGGUCAAUAACUUCCGCUUCGGGUGCAGCCACGCCCUGCAGCGCCCCGGCGUCUUCAGCAACACGACCGCCGGGAUCAUGGCGCUCGGCCGGGGCGUGCAGUCGCUGUUGUCGCAGACAAAGCAGACCCACGGAAACGUCUUCUCCUACUGCGUCCCGCCGACGGAGAGCCACCGUGGCUUCUUCGUCCUCGGCGUGCCGAGGGUGGCCGCCUCCAGGUACAUACUAACGCCCAUGCUCAGGAGCAAGCUAUCCCCGUCGCUCUACCUCGUGCGCCUGCAAGCUAUCACUGUAGCCGGGCAGCGACUCGCGGUGCCGCCCACAGUCUUCGCCGCGGGCGCGGUGAUGGACUCCCGCACCGUCAUCACGCGCCUCCAGCCCACGGCGUACAGCGCACUCCGCGCAGCGUUCAGGGCCCAAAUGGGCGGGUACCGCGUUGCCGUGCCCAAGGGCCAGCUCGACACCUGCUAUGACUUCACCAGCGUCCGCACCGUGAGGCUGCCGAAGGUCGCGCUGGUGUUCGACAGCCAGAGCAACGGCGGCGCCGCUGUGGAGCUCGACCCGUCCGGGAUUCUCUUCAACAGCUGCCUCGCUUUUGCCUCCACCGGAGGUGGAGACGGCUCCACCGGGAUCAUCGGCAACGUCCAGCAGCGAACCAUUGAGGUCCUCUACAACGUCGGCGGCAGCGCCGUCGGGUUCCGCGGUGGCGCGUGCUGA